GUCUACGGAGAAACUACUUUUAUGACUUUUGUGCUGACCUUAUAACCCCUAGAAUAAUAAACUCCAUAAGAACUCAGUAUGUGUCUACCCCACCAAAGCUCUGCCUAGUCUACUGCCUAAAUAUAAGAAUGUCUGGGCCACUUUCUUUUGUUUUUGUUUUGGUUUUUUUUUUUUUUUUUUUUUUUUAGUUAAUUAUGUAUCCUCUAGAUAGUUUAUCAUCUUUCAAAUAAAAUUUCUCUCUUCUGAGGGGAGCACCUGGCUAUUGAGUCGGUGGAGCAUGCCACUCUUCUUCUCUGGGUCCUGAGUUCAAGCUCCACUUUGGUUGUAGAACUUACUUGAAAAAUAAAUAAAUAAAUAAGAAAAUUUCUCUCUUUUUAGUGUCUAAACCUUUUCUUUCUUUUUCUUGCUUUUGUGCAAUGGCUAGAACGUCCAGAACAUUGUUGAAUAAUGGGGGUGAGAACAGGCAUUCCUAGGGGUUUCAGACAAUCUGGAGUUCUCCCUGGAGGAAGAGGUCCCAGAACUCAGCCAGCCGCAUGAGACUAGGUCAUGGCUCAGGAAUCUGAACCCUUCACUGCAGCACAGUCUGGGGGAGCCCCCUUGUCCAGAGCCUGCGGCAGGGCACGAGCCAGACCCUGCUUUCGGCGGUCUCAAAUAUGGGCCAGCUACCAGGUUGGGUGCUGGACACCGAUCCCAAAUGGGACCUCGGAUGAGGGGGCGCUUGGAUCCUUUUUUCGGAGAGGCCGAGAGGUGCACUCGCGGCAGCAUCUCCCGUCCCGUUGGCUUCCCCUCUGUCCAGGCUUCAGGGCCCAUCGGCCCAUUCGGAGGUUGGGCUGGGCGGGUAGGCGGGAUCCCUGGCACCGGGCCGCCGCCUCGGGGAGCUGGCGCUCCUUGUGGGGCUGGAAUUCUGGGUGUGGCCGCCCUCUGGCGCCGGGUGACCCCGGGCUUCCCAGCCCCUGCCGAGGCAGGCGCCGAAAAUGGACGGUGCCUCUCGGGCUGCAGCUCGCGCGCCAAGGGUGGAGGAGCGGCAGCCACCACAUCCAGGCUCUUUCAGGACCCCAAGACACCUUCCAACCUGCCCUGUGCCCUGAGAAGAUCCCGGAGGGUCCACAAAGCUGGAGUGAUUCUGAGAUCCCGAUGGCUUAUGGGAAUGCUGCCCAGGCACCUCAGAAUCUUACACUGUCAGCCGGGAGCAAGUCUUCGAGUCCUCCUUCCCACUGUGCUUUCUUAAGUGUGGGGCAGGCCUACCUGCUUGGUGCCGCACUAAGCGACCAACAGAUGCGCGGAAAGACGGCUUCUCUGAAGAGCUCUGUGUCCUGCUCAGAGAAACUAGCCAGGGUUCAGGCACCCUUGGACUCCAGCCUCGGUAGGGUCAGUCUGCACUGGCCAGAGGGCUUGAAGGGUGAAGAGAUAAAGAAGUGUGGCCGAGAAGGGACACUACUGAGUAAAUACAACCAACAAUACCACAAGCUGUUUAAGGACAUCCCCUUGGAGGAGGUGGUUCUCAAAGUGUGUUCCUGCGCCCUCCAGCGAGACCUCCUUCUCCAGGGCCGGCUCUACAUCUCCCCCAACUGGCUCUGCUUCCAUGCCAGCCUCUUUGGCAAGGAUAUAAAGGUGGUCAUUCCUGUGGUGUCUGUCCAAAUGAUCAAAAAACACAAGAUGGCGCGGCUUCUUCCCAAUGGCCUGGCCAUCACCACCAACACCAGCCAGAAGUACGUCUUUGUGUCACUGCUUUCCCGGGACAGUGUAUAUGAUAUGCUGAGGAGGGUCUGCACACACCUCCAGGAAGUCCUCAUCCCUGAGAUGAAGUGGAGAAAAGUGUGCCCUGCCUCCAGGUCCCUGUCCCUCCCAGACAACAUCCCUUGUAUCCCUCGGGCAUCCAUGGACUCCACGGACAGCUUCUUUCCCAGGAAGCCUCCUGGGUCUGAGAAUGACGUCUGUGAGGAGGAGAAGCUGGAGGAGGAGCCCAGGAGUGACGGGAAGCUGAGGCUCUGGGAUUAUCAGCUCCUCAAGGUCAUCUUUGUGCUGAUCUGCUUCUUGGUCAUGUCCUCAUCCUAUCUGGCAUUCCGCAUCUCCCGGCUGGAACAGCAGUUAUGCUCCCUGAAUUGGGACGGCCCGGUCCCUGGGCACAGGUAACAGCCACCCCGGCUUCUCCAAGAAGAAUGCUCUGGGUGCUAAGCUUCUACCAGCGACUCCUGUGGUUUAUGCUGCUGUGCUGAGACUGAGUAGGAAGGAGAAUACUCCAGAUCCUUCCUCCUCCCCCAGCUCUUAGCCCUCCUGUUGACCAAGCUCCCACAAUUUGGGGACUCAAACACAAAGCCAGAUUCUUGGAACCGGCCGAGAAAUUCUGUAUACUAAGCUUCAGCAAGCACUUGGAAAAAGAAAAUUAACUUGUUCCUCGGAAACAGUCUGGCACAGAGACAAGAGCACUAGGAGACACCCAAGGGACAAAAGGCCAAGUUUUGGUACCUGGAGUGCAGCUGUGCACGGUCACGCGGCUCACUGCAGGAGUGGGACAGAGGCCCGAACCCAAACCACCAGUGGGGCUCUGCUCUCUCCCAACAUACCAUGCUCUCGCUUCGGCCCCUGAGGCCAAGGGCAGCCUGGGAAAGUGAGGCGGAAGCUAUGAAGGAGAAGAGGAGGGUGUGAGGGAGAAGCUAGGAUUCCAGCCAGAGGGGAAGAUUCACGCCCUGUGCUGAGGCUCUGUUCUGGGCCCUCACGAGGAGGACUGGCUGAAUCCGGAGGGCGGUAUUUGCAGCAGAGGAUGGUGGCAGGGGCUGUGAAGGAGGGCAGAGGUCCAGCAUUUUGGGUCCUUUGCUGCCACUUCCUAGUGAGACAGGUGGAACAGGCCUUGGUCACUGUGGUCACAGACCUGGUACUUCAUCUUCCCCUCUGUGUUCCAACAGUCUGAGGGGUCCCAGGCAGGAAGUAGACGAUGGCGAGUGACCCCCACUGGGUAUGGGGGGAGGGGAAGGUCAGGGACUUUGAUAUGAGCUUUGUACUCCCUGCCUGACUGCCUGAGGGGCCAUGACCAACAGCAGCCUGUCAGGGAAGCGUGGCUGGGCACCUGGGCACGAUGGUGUCGGGCCGUCACAGAGCUCCCUCAUGUCACCUGAGUUGCAGGCUAUGGGGGAAGGUCCUGCCCUCCAUGAAUAAGGUGGGGGUGUCCAAGGUGGGUCUGGAACAUUGCAGGGACCAGGUCAAGGGGUUCUCUCUGAUACCUCUGGGGACAAGAGAGGUAGGGGAUGCGAGGAGUGGACACAGUGGUAGCUUUGCCUUAGAGAUUCCUCCAUCUCUGCCAAGGCCUCCUGUGUUCUAAACAGCUCUGCUGUGCCUCAGAACUCUGCCUGCUCUCCCUGGGACUCCAACAUGCUAAGACAGUGCCUUUAGGGGUUCCAGAAGGGCCUUAGUGAGGAGGUCAGAAGUAUCAGGCAAAGUCACUGGUGAUGGGGUGAGUGUGUCAGAAACAGUCGCUACUUUUCCUUCUUCAUGCACCUGAGAGGUUAAUCAGGGAGAAAUCCAAGGGGGAUUUAGUUAUCGUGGAACUGUGACUAUCUUGCUUAUGGCAAACCCAAAUGAGGAUGUGAGGGAUGAUGUCUGUAGGGGACAGGUCCCUAAGUGUAGACUAGUGGUCUCUCUAUCCUCCCGCCGCUGCGGGUUCCAGGAUUAAGCUUAGAGCCUGCCUGGAGGGGUGGUUGGUACCACAGCUGGAGGUGGCAGGUAAACUCAUAUUCCUUUCUCCCCACAGCACCACAGUGGAGAAAACCCCACCCUUUUAUCGGAACGAGCCUCGUUUAUCACCUUUAUAUCAUGUUUUCAGGAAAAUAACCCCACGUGCCCCAGUGUCUCCCCGCCUUGGUCCUUGUUGGAGGGCAGGGAGAAUCGGUCCAUUCUCUGAGCCCUGCUAGGUUGAGCCCCAGGCUCAUGAGAGGCCACCAGAGGUGCCACGUCAUGGGCAGCCGUGCGCACAUGCUGGUGAGUCUGGUCUCCGGCCACGCCCCAGGCUCGGAAAGGGCAAGAGCCGUGCUGCAGGGUAGGCGGCUCUGGAGGUCCUCUUGGGUCCAGGGGUUUCAGUGGUAGGAGUGUGCCUGUCACUCUGGAGGGCGCUCUGUCUGUUUCUCCCUUUUCUUCCUCAGCCUGGUCCUCUGGGGCCAGUGUCCUUUCUCUCGUGCACGUUUGUAAACUACAUGGACUACUACAGACCUGCUUGUGGAGGCUGACAUUCCUCUGAUUCCCCGAGAGAUUGGUUCAACUAUCCUUGGGUUGUUCCAGCAUGGCAUUAGCCGUUGAAAAUAUUUUCAAAUACAAACAUUUGAUUUUUCUAGUG